AUGAAAAUCGCCAGCAACUCCAGCACCAUCACUGGCUUCAUCCUCCUGGGCUUCCCUGGCCCCAGGGAGGGGCAGGUCCUCCUCUUUGUGCUCUUCUCUGUUGUCUACCUCCUGACCCUCAUGGGCAAUUGUUCCAUCAUCUGUGCUGUACGCUGGGAUCAGAGACUCCACAUCCCCAUGUACAUCCUGCUCGCCAACUUCUCCUUCCUGGAGAUCUGCUAUGUCACCUCCACUGUCCCCAACAUGUUGGCCAACUUCCUCUCUGAUACCAAGGUCAUCUCCUUCUCUGGAUGCUUUCUCCAGUUCUACUUCUUCUUCUCCUUGGGUUCCACAGAAUGCUUUUUCUUGGCUAUCAUGGCAUUUGACCGACACCUUGCCAUCUGCCGGCCUCUACAUUACCCCACUCUUAUGACUGGACAUCUCUGCACCAAUCUCAUAGUCAGCUGCUGGGUACUUGGUUUCCUCUGGUUCUUGAUUCCUAUCAUUGAUAUUUCCCAAAUGUCCUUCUGUGGCUCCAGGAUCAUUGACCACUUCCUGUGUGACCCCGGUCCUCUGUUAGCCCUCACCUGUUCCAGAGCCCUUGUAAUAGAGCUAACUAGCUCCACCUUAAGUUCUCUGGUGUUAUUUAUUCCCUUUCUUUUCAUCAUGGUGUCCUAUGCUCUGGUCCUACGAGCUGUGCUGAGGGUCCCUUCAGCAGCUGGCCGAAGAAAGGCUUUCUCCACCUGUGGGUCCCAUCUGGCUGUGGUUUCUCUUUUCUAUGGCUCAGUGAUGGUCAUGUAUGUGAGUCCAACAUCAGAGCAUAAAGCUGGAAUGCAGAAGAUUGUGACUUUGUUUUAUUCUGUAAUUACUCCACUCAUUAACCCUAUAAUAUAUAGUCUUAGGAAUAAAGAUAUGAAACAUGCUAUAAAGAAAUUAUUGGGAACAUAA